AUGGACCAGAUAGCCCUCCACCACGAAGCCUCGGCCGGUGACACGAACCGGCAGGUCGUCAACCAGCUGCCGCCAGAGGUCGUUCAAUGUCUAGAGAAUGCUCGCUUCCUUAACCUGGCGACCUGCACCAACAACCAGCCCACCGUGUCGCUGAUGAACUUCACGUAUCUCCCUUCAUCGCAGUACUCGCCCGAGCCGGUCAUCGUCAUGACGACGAACUCGUCCUCCAAGAAGACGCACAACAUAGUGGCCAACCCCAACGUCUCCCUGCUCGUGCACGACUGGGUAUCCCACCGGCCCCCGACUCAGACCCGCCGACCCUCAGGCGGCUCGCCGGGCCCCGAGCACCGGUCCAGCCUCGCCUCGGUGCUCAUGAACCUCAACAGCGGCGAGAUCUCGCGGAUCAGCGCGACAAUAAACGGGACGGCCGAGCUUGUGGCGCAGGGAUCGGACGAGGAGAAGUUCUUCCGCGAACAGCACCUCGAGAACAACACGUUCGACACGGAGGCUUCGACGAUGCCGUUUGGUAGCCGCCAGCUGCAGGCUGAGCAGGGGGCGGGCCAGGAUGACGGCGGCCGCGAGAGCUUCAUUGCCGGCGAGGAGGUCCGGGUCAUUGUGGUGCGUAUCAAGGACAUUCGAACUAGCGACUGGAAGGGCGGUGUCAGUGAUUGGGUCUUGGUGAAUGAGGGCGUACCGGCUGCGGUCAACGGCGUGAAGUGA